AUGAAAGAAAACAACAAUAAGGAAACCCAUUUCCGCUACAGUUCUCGUGUUUCAAGGUGUUCUACUUCUUCCACUUCUGGGUUCACAAUGUCAUCAGAUGGGGGCACUUAUGAGAAAUCGAAGAGGGUGUGGAUAUGGACAGAAAGCAAGCAAGUCAUGACUGCUGCUGUCGAAAGAGGUUGGAAUACCUUCAUAUUCUUGUCCAAGCAUAGACAACUUGCUAUUGAGUGGUCAUCAAUCGCCUUUAUAUAUCCUCUAUUUAUUGAGGAAGGAGAAGUUUUGGAUGGCGAUAAUAAAAGAGUUGCCAAUAUUUUUGAGGUUUCAACUCCCCAAGAAUUGCAGCAGCUUCAACCAGAAAAUGGGCAGGCUGAGAAUGUUAUUAUUGAUCUAUUGGAUUGGCAGAUAAUACCUGCAGAGAAUAUUGUUGCAGCAUUUCAAGGCAGUCGAAAGACAGUGUUUGCCAUCUCAAAAACUCACUCUGAAGCACAAAUCUACCUUGAGGCCUUGGAGCAUGGUUUGGGUGGAGUUGUUCUAAAAGUUGAAGAUGUUGAAGCUGUUCUUAAGUUAGAGGACUAUUUUAACAUAAGGAAUGAAGCAAACAAUCUGUUGAGCUUGACCAAAGCCAUUGUAACUAGAGUUCAAGUAGCCGAAAUGGGUGAUCGAGUUUGUGUGGAUCUCUGUAGCCUCAUGAAACCUGGUGAAGGACUUCUGGUUGGUUCCUUUGCUAGAGGAUUAUUCCUUGUUCACUCAGAGUGCUUGGAGUCAAGUUACAUUGCAAGCAGGCCUUUCCGUGUUAAUGCGGUGGAAAUGGAUCAAGAAUCAUAUGCUAAUGAUGUAGAAUGGGUGCGAAGAAUUUCUGAUGGAAAUGUGCAGGGACCAGUACAUGCAUAUGUCUCAAUUCCAGGUGGAAGGACUAGCUAUCUUUCAGAGCUAAAAGCAGGUAAAGAAGUUAUUGUGGUUGAUCAGAAAGGGCAGCGGCGAACUGCAAUUGUUGGCCGUAUUGAGUCAGAUGAUCAAACUCUGUACAGCAUUUUCCUCCAGAAUGCAGAAACAGUUGGCUUAGUCGCUCCUUGUGAAGGAAACGGACUGCUAAAAGCAGUGAUUCCUGUCACUUCACUGAAAGUUGGAGAUGAGGAUCUGAUCAUACAAUCUAAAUUAGUUGAUGAGAAUAUGGACUGCAUCAUAUUUCUUUUGUCACGUAUUGUGGUUCCACUUGACUCAGCCUUGCUAGCAUCAGAAGGCAAGGCUUUGCUUGAGAGUGGAUGGUGGAGUAACUGCAGCAAUCUCCCUUCAGAUUAUUGCAGGUGGCCUGGUAUAGUUUGUAAUGAGGCUGGAAGCAUCAUUGGGAUUUCUCCACCUUCAAAGUUCCUCAAGCUAGAUCUCAAUAUUAAUAAGCUUGUUGGUUCAAUUCCUUUGGAAAUAGGAAAUAUGAAAAAUCUAGAGGUUCUAGACCUAAGUAAUAAUGCACUUAUUGGUCCAAUCCCUCAAAUACUAGGAAAUUUGGAGAAGCUUGAAGAGUUAGAUCUCGAUCACAAUAACCUUGUUGGUCCUAUUCCUUUUACAUUGAAUCGUUUAUCCAGUUUGAGUCAUCCGAUCCUUUAUUGUAAUGAAAUCAAUGGAUCCAUCCCUUUGGAAUUAGGAAACUUGAAGCAUUUUGAGGAACUAAAUCUUGACUUCAACAAGCUCAUUGGUUUGAUUCCUCAUACAUUAGGCAAUUUAACCAACUUGAGUGCUUUGAACCUUUCUAGCAACUAG